UGUUCAUGGUCGGUUACCAUCUAACGAUGUCGUCUUAGGAGCUGCGAGAGCCCCGCGCUUCUGCUACUAGCACUCCGGCCUGUCCCUUUUGUCGUCGGAAAUGGAAUCGGUUUCAAACCUCGGCAACUUUCUCCUUCAGUUAUCCGAGCCAAUUUCUGGGUGUCUUGCCAACGCACCCUCCACUCCAGCUGAAGGCUCCAAUGUUUCUGCCAAAGCUAUACUCGAAUCUCUUCUCCCAAGAAAAAUCCCACCUGAAGAUUCUGCCUUUCGCGCAACUAUCAGGGAUUUUUCUCUAGCAUGUGCUUUGCUAUCCUCCUCCAGCUUCAAGCCCUUAACCCAGGACUAUUCGGACCUUCUCUCAUGGAUCCCCAAUCAUCUUUCUCGCCUUGCUAGCUCUGCUUUCUACGAUUUCUCCAAGGCAUACCUUACUGCUUUUAACGACAAAAAUUCGAAGAGGGUUGCUGAAUUGGGCUUAAAGUGCGAUUACGUACCUCAGGAGCAGAGAUUGAUUAUGGAAUUGAUGCCUGAGGUUUUGCUUUCUCUUAAAGACAGAAUCAAAGAAAGUUCUAUCGAUAAGUCUGACGAAACUGAAGAGUUCGCUGCUGCAUCCGCGAGAGCCCCUGUUGGAUAUGCAAUUAUGGCUGCCUAUCAGUUAAGAUGGUUUAUUACUCAGGUUCAUUAUCCUCAUUUAGGAAAGUUGUGUGGAUUAGUGAUACCUUCUGCGCUGACUGCUGUUGACCAUUGGUCGCCGGAGGUGAAGGGACAGGGUAUGAUUAGCUUCACUCAUCUUGCAAAAAAUGUGGAUACUACUGAGCUUGGUGGGUAUGCGGAUGUAAUUCUUGAUGCUUGCUGCCAGAAUGUUGCAGCUAGCGAUGAGAUCUGGUGCCAUGUUGUUGAGACUUCAGUAAUUCUUGUAACUUCUGUUCAGAGAAAUAAUCCACGUAGCCCAUGGUAUGAAAGAAUACUAAAUGAGAUGUUAAGUCACUUGGAGCGCCAGCCCAGAAACAAAGAACGUCGCAUUGCUUGGCUUGAUUAUGUUGAUUCCUUAUUUGAUGGAGUUGCUCUUUUGUUAUUAGCUCACUUUAGGCGUAUUUUCCCGUUGUUCUUUCAGUGGAUGCAUGCCGAUGAUGAUGAGACCCUUGUGUUGGUUCUAAAACGUACUUUUACAAUUCUAAGGCAAACGUGGAUUAGGAAUUCACCGUAUAUUCAAAGAUUAGUGGAGGAACUUGUUCUCGUGUAUAAGGAGGCCGCAUUAAGAAAAGCUCGAGAAGAAAUUAGAGCACAUACUCGACAGAUACUGAUCCUACUUCAACAAAGCAAAGGCCUGGAGUUUAAAGCAGCUUGGGACAGGCAUAGACUUGAUCCAGACCUGAGUGCACUCGGUCAAUCUCUUAUUGGAAGAGACCAUUCAAAACUUGAUACCAUGUCAGAGCAUUCUAAUGAGCAGAGCCUAGUCUCUCUUCGAAUUCCAUGAAGCUGACUGACAUGCAAUCCUGGUUCUUUCAGCCUGCCACUCAGUUGAAAUCGUGAUUACUCUUUUACUUGAGCGUGGUAAUGAAUGCAAGCAAAGCUUCUGUUCCCGUCUACCCCCGCCUCCCCAAAAAAAUAAUAAUAAUAAAAAGAGUUUCCGUCCA